UUCAACAGUUAGAAAAUGAAAAUCAACACGAAAGGUUUAGUUCGUACCACUUGAAUAGGAAAAAAAAGUAAAAUAAAAAAAAAAUAUUUGUGGCGUUAAUUUUUGUUUUUACGGCAAGGUGAAAAUUUAUGAUUUUGUUCCUCUAUAAUGAUAUACUUUAGAGCAAAUGGUUAUAUGGUGAAUAUGCUGUGAUAAUAUCUUUGUUAUAUUUUCGAUUUUAUUUUAUUUUUUUCAUAUUAUUUUUCCAAGUAAAAGAUUCAAAGUUUCCGUUAGAUGGAAAAAAUAAUUUGAAAAAGAAGAAGAAAAAAAAAAAGAAAAAUUAUCAGACGAAUGGUUUUGUUGAAGAAAGGGAAAGAAUAAAAAAUCAGAUAAAAACUUAUAGAGUGCUCUGCUAAAAAAAAUUGUUCGGUGAAUUUACAAUGAAGUGAUGAUAAAUCGCACAAAAUAAAAAAAAAGAGUUAGAGUGGAAUUUUAAAUACGGAUCAACAGGAUUAACGUGAAUACAAUUUACGGAAUCACGGAUUUAUUUAAACAGAAUCUAUAUUCGAAAAAAAAUCGGAUUUAUUGCCAGAAUUCACAAAACAACUGCAGCUGCAUCAUCCAAAAUAUAAAAAAUAAAUAAAAAAGAGUGGACGCGACACUCUAGUCAACAAUGUUGAUUUUAACCGAAUGGACGUACGCAAAGAAUUCUGAGCAUCAUAAUAGUAACAUGCAGCAGCAUUGAAAUAUGAACUAAAAUUCAAUACGGACACGAAUUACCAUUACACGCAAUAUGAAAUGAUGAUUAACUCUCUCUCGCUUUUAAGUGAAUUAUUAAGUGGAAUUUAGUAUAAGUGCAACAAAAUGUAGAUAUUUCAAUUUUGUAGAUGAAAAUUUAUCCCGUAGAUUAAGUAGCACACAUGAAAACCAUAAAUAUAAUCCAGUUAAGUGGGUAUGUAGUACGUACAAGCAUUAAAUAUUAAUAUACAAAAGAAGAAGAAGUAGAACACAACAACACAAAAUAAAAGAACUAAUUAUAAGAACACUUGCAACUAAAUCGGUCUACCACACUAUACACAAAAAGGAGCACAAGAAUUAAUUGCAUCAGAAGAAGCAUUAAUACUUACAAUAAUAGCUAGCUUUAACCAACAUUAUUUUGCCAUUUGUUUUGAACUGAGCGAGUUACGAUGCAGAACUAAGAAACUGGGUGAAUUAAGCGACCAAUUGAAAAUAUUCCGCAUAUGGAUCCGUUAUCAGCACAGUUAAUUUUUGAUGAACCGACCAAUCAAAUCGAAAAUGAAAAUAGUUCAUUAAUCGCACUAACUGCGGACCGUAUAUCAUUGAUACUCCCAACCGCAUUGCCGACAAAUCUGAUCACAUCCGGAUCGAUAACGAAUACAGCGAUUACGAUCGACGGUGUGGGCGCUUUUAACGAAACAACAUCGUCUAUGCCCAAAAUCCAAGGGAUUAUUGUGAGCAUUCUACUACUGAUAGUCAUUUUUGGAACUGUGAUUGGAAACAUUUUAGUUUGUGUUGCCGUUUGUUUGGUACGAAAACUUCGUCGACCAUGCAACUAUCUUCUAGUUUCGUUAGCUGUAUCCGAUCUUUGCGUUGCCGUUCUAGUCAUGCCAUCCGCCCUGCUGUUCGAAGUGAUGGGCCGAUGGAGUUUCGGCACGAUAUUCUGCGAUAUUUGGGUCUCGUUCGACGUACUAUCUUGCACCGCGUCCAUAUUGAAUCUGUGCGCGAUUUCGGUUGAUCGCUUCUGGGCAAUUACCAAACCGCUGGAAUAUGGUGUUAAGCGUACGCCCCGCCGUAUGAUGUUAUGCGUUGCGCUCGUUUGGCUGGGAGCUGCUUGUAUCAGUCUUCCGCCAUUACUCAUUUUGGGUAACGAACAUAUCGGAGAUAAUGGCGAACCGAUAUGCGUUGUAUGCCAGAAUUUCGGUUAUCAAAUCUACGCAACACUAGGUUCAUUUUAUAUACCUCUCGCUGUGAUGUUAUUUGUAUAUUAUCAAAUUUUUCGGGCCGCUCGACGAAUAGUUAUGGAUGAGAAGCGAGCCCAUACCCGUUUAGAACAUGCUAUUAAUGACGCUACCAUAGAGAAGCCAUCAAAGCCGCAUAGCGGAUCAGCAAUCGGAUCGCCACAUCAAAAGAAAUUGCGAUUUCAAUUAGCUAAAGAGCGCAAGGCGUCCACAACACUUGGCAUUAUUAUGUCUGCAUUUACCGUCUGUUGGCUACCGUUCUUCAUAUUAGCCUUAGUUCGACCAUUUUUAGGCGAACAGUUUCAAAUACCACCAACAUUAUCUUCAGUAUUUCUAUGGCUCGGCUAUUUGAAUUCGAUGCUGAAUCCCAUAAUAUACGCCACGUUGAACAAAGACUUUCGAAAGCCUUUUCAGGAAAUUCUCUACUUCCGUUGCUCUAGCCUAAAUCUAAUGAUGCGUGAAGACUUUUAUCACAGUCAAUAUGGUGAGCCACCAUCGCAACGGGUUAUGCUGGGCGGUGAAGGUGCCCGAGAAAGUUUCCUUUGAAGCUAAUUGAAACGGUGUUAGCUAUUUCGAUGUCUUGCACCGUUCCAUCCGUUUUUUUCCGCAAUCAGUGUCAUCAGAUAAUGUUAUUAGUCCAGGUCCUUGUGUCGAAAAAAAAAUGGCUCCAAACGACUUAAGUUCUUUAAGAUUUUUCUUUGUUCUACGUUUUUUGUCAUGAAACGUUUUGGAAUCAGAUUUUUUCGCGGAAAAUGGAAAAUUUCCAUAAUGUUUGAACAGAAAUGAGAGAUAUGGGAAGUAGAGAAGAAAUAUGUCUGUGCAAGAACAUGUAUUAAAACAUACAUGAUUUCUCACAGGCCAUAUCUCAGGCAUCUGAUCAUGGAUCAAGUAUUUGAAUGCAGCUUUCGAAUGACACCACAUUUAUGGAAAUGGGCAGGGCAAAUGGCUGCAAAGUUGAAGAAUUUCCGUUUUCACAAAAACACAAAAAAAAGUUCUUCCUUGAAAUAUCGAUAAUGAGCCAUACUUUACCGAAAGACAUUUCUCAGAAAGAUAUUGUAGUUUCGAAGAUAUUCGACUUGAAAGGUUUCGGCUGGAAAAACAAUUUUCCAUUUUCCGGAAGAAAAACCAAUUUGAUCCACAACUUGUCAUGGCAAACAACAUUGAGCAGAGAAAAAUAUUUAAGAAUUUAAGACACACGGAAUUACACAGGUAUCUGCACUGCACCAUAUUGUCUUUUUAGUUUAAAUUUUUAUUUUUUAAAUUUUGUAUUCAGUUCUUCACUUAACAUAUACAUAUAAUUCUCGACGACUGUGUUUCCGAUAUGUGUAAUAAUAAAAAUUAAAUAUAAAGAACUGUAGGGAAAAAGUAAAUUAAAUACAAAAAUAAUAAUAAAAUAAAUUUAAAAAUAAAUUAAGUGUAUGAAAGUGAAAAAAUUAAAUUAAAUUUAAACAAAAAAUCAAAUAUAUUUCUGUUCCAAUCCUAAUCUUGAAAAUGAAAUUUUUAUAGUUGAUAUUGUAGACAAAUUUUACUGAUGCAAACAAAAGAUGGAAAGUUAGUUGUACUACCAAGAAAAAAAGAACAAAAA